UACAGACGCAGAAUGGAAGGCUCCUCGAGAGCUGCGAAAGCGGCCGACGUUGGCCGUGGUACCCCGUGUUCUGCGUUGCCCAAGGAUUACCGUGUCAUCUUGCCUCUGUUACCAACAGGUGAAGGACAAAGGCGCGCAGUUGUAUUGCACUGCGACGUCACUGGACGACCUUAUAGAAUCGACGACUUCCGGAAGCCCUUGAAGGAUGCUGUAGUAAUUCAGCAAGUAGGUGGAAUUGGUGCAUACCAAAUGUCGCACGUGUGGCUGCUGAACAUGAAGACAGAUGAGGCAAAGCGGACGCUGCUAGACGCCGGACCACUACUGGUGAAGAACCGGCCAUGCCUCGUCAUUGAUCCAGCGAGGCAAGAACUCAGGAUUAAGCUACAUUGGGUCGCGUUCGACGUCACCUCUGAGACCAUUCGACGAGCCUUCCGAGAUUAUGGCGACAUAAAGGAAGUCACCAGUGAUAGGUGGAAGGCCGAGGACUUUGAGGGCGCCGAGUCAACGACUCGUCUAGUGCGUCUUCUGCUGCGCGAUGGUGUCACACCAGACCGCAUCCCACAUCAGAUGCGUCUUGGUAGCGGCACUGCGCUAGUGGUUGUGCCUGGACGCGCCCCGUUAUGCCUUCGUUAUCGCAACACUGGACACAUACGACGUGAAUGCCGAGUGCCCAGGUGUGCUGCUUGCCGAGCGUUCGGGCACGAGCAGGCAUUUAAUUGUACUCGCUCGUACGCCAGAGUUGCAAGCGUAGACGGUGAAGCAGACCGGAGCGAGAUGCUCAUGGACGAGGAGGAAGCGGAGAGCGUGGCUGGGAUGUUGGCGUCUACCAGCGACGCGGCCGCAGUAACGGCGUCCACCAGCUCAGCAGGUUCGCAAGAAAACGGGGCUGCAGACGCUCGGGCAGCUGACGCCACUCUGGAAGACGCUUCGACAGGAAAGUACGAAGAAGGUUCGGCAGAGCGCCCUUCUGAAACCCACUCUUUAGGAAAGCAGCUGCCACUAAGUGCGUCCGGGAGUGGUGAGAAAACAGCUGAACUCAAGACUGCAGUAAGCGAGGUCGUUGCGACGCUCGAAGACAGUGAUUCGACGGAUGAGGCUGCAAUGGACGCCGAGGCAACACCUACGAAGCGCCGACUCAGCAAGGCAAGCACGGCUUCUCAAGACACCCGGCUACGAGCAACGGAGAGGCGUGGGACCGAGCCUGGAACCAAAAAGCCUCGGGUGGGCGCCAGCCAUCAGCGGUCGGCGUCGCUUACACGCGGCGGCGGCAAGUCGACGCUCUGAGCGUCGACUGGUCUGUGUGUUGCUACAAGGCAAGGUCUGUGAGGGGAGCGCCGUAGGCUCUGUCUGGUGUCACUCGCCAAUAUGGAGUCCUUAGAGAGGUCUAUAAAUAUUGCAACACUUAACGUCCGAGGGCUUAGUGCCAAGAGGCGGCAAAACCAACUUUACCGCCUCGUAACGGAGCAUGAUCUUGAUAUUGUAGCCAUUCAGGAGACCAAAGUGGAGAGCGAGGAUCAGACAGAGCGUAUGGUGCGUCCUUUCACGAGACGCUAUAACGUGUGUGUGGCCCAUGCGGUGGGGAGGUCUUCGGGGUGCAUUUUGUUAAUUCGGCAGAGUCUUGGUGCUGUAGUGCAGUCGGUGACUACCUGUGAGUCAGGCCGUUUCAUCGUAUCUGACUUUUCCCUGUCAACAGAAAAUUGGCGAGUAAUUUGUCGUUAUGCACCAACUCAGGCUCAAGAGCGAAGGUAUUUUUUUGAGGAAAUGGAGAAGUACGUGAAAUGCGAGCGUAGACUAAUCCUGGCGGGAGAUUUCAAUUGUGUCUGUACGGAACGUGACAAAACCAGUGGGAAACACAAUGAUGCAAGUACUGCUGUUUUGAAAGAAUUGAUUGCAGAAUUUAAUCUAGAAGACGUGGGUGAAUGUCUUUGCGGUGGAAAAGCGGUCACCUUUACCCACUUUCAGGGUGCGAGCCAUGCUAGACUUGACAGAGUGUACGUGUCGGCUGAACUAAUUCAGUCGUGUCGAGAUUAUCGAGUCACACCUGUUGCAUUUAUUGAUCAUUGUUUGGUUUCUUUCCGUGCUGGAAAGGAAAAAACAAUUAGCAAGGAAUUUUCCUGGGAUCUUUGGAAAUUUAAUGCGAACUUGCUGAAAGACGACGAGUUUUGUGAUCAGUUUCUCAAGGCUAUAGAUAAAACAGCAACUCAAAACUUAGAUAGUUGGGCACAUAAAUGAGAGGUUUGUAAGCAAACAAUUAAAUUGAAAGCACUUGAAAGGGCCAGUGUUUUAAGUCACGCGAAAAAAGAACUCGAGUCCCGGCUUAGAUUGAAUCUGAAGCAAUUAUUGGAAGCUGAAAGUAUACAACCCGGGUAUUUCUUAGAAGACAUAAAAAGCAUAAAGCAAAAACUUGAGCUGAUAGACCAAGAGCGAUACAAUGGAGCAUUGAUUCGAGCCAGAGCUGAAAAAUGGUGCACAGGAGAAAUGCCGACAAAGCGUGCCUUGGAAGUCGAAAAGAAAUAUGCUUCCCAAAAUGCAAUAACAGAAAUAGAACAUAAUGGGUUACUGUCUACCAACAAAGAAACAAUAGCAAGUGGUUUUUUGGAAUAUUACAAAGUAUUGUUUUCUCGUAGCCAAGUUGACACCGAUAGAUUUAAAAAAGACUUCAUGUCAUUGAUGCCAACAUUAGAUGAUGAAACUAAGGAAGUAUUAGAAGUGCCCAUAAUGGCAAAUCACCGGGACCGGAUGGCUUAAGCGCUGCAUUGUACAAGGCGUUUAAGGGUGUUGUCGCGCCUGUUUUGACUGAAGUAUACAACGAGGCUUACGCGAACAAACAUCUACCACCGUCCUUUUUGUCAGCACACACGGUCCUAAUACCAAAAACUGAAGACCCAAUUAAAUUACGUAACGUCACAUCGUAUAGGCCGAUUAGCCCGACAAAUAUAGACUAUAAAAUAUUAAUGAAAGUAUUGGCAAACAGGUUGCAGACCGUGAUGAAAGAAUUAGUCGGUCCACAUCAAACGUGUGGAAUAAAAGGAAGGACAAUUAUGACAAAUAUACACAUAGCACGAUCAAUCCUUGAAUGCUGUGACGCAAUGCAACUAAGUGUCGCUAUGCUGCAGGUUGACCUUGAGAAGGCAUUCGACCGCGUGCCGCACGAGCUGCUUCUAUGUAUGCUUGAAUAUGUGAAUGUAGGCAAUGUGAUCAGUGAAGGUGUGCGGAUGGCUUACGCCGGAUGUACGACGAGAUUGAUAAUAAACAAAUCAGUAGGUGAAUACAUACAAGUACAGCGCUCGGUCAGACAGGGGUGCUCAUUAUCACCGCUUCUUUUUUGCAUAUAUAUUGAGCCCUUUUGUCUAAGCGUAAUUAAGAACAACGCGAUACGUGGAUUUCAGUUACAUCAGGCCGAGGUAAGCCUUCUUGCUUACGCUGAUGACAUUGCAGUUUUCUGUGUUGAUCAUGAAAGUAUAAUGCAUACCGUCAAUGCUGUUAAAAGUUUCUGUCAAGCAAGUGGUAGUGCAGUAAACUGGGACAAGUGCGUUGGGUUCUGGCAUGGGGAAUGGGACGUCGCACCAAGGAUGUUUUUGAACAUUAAAUGGCAAGAAACACCGGCAAAAUACUUAGGAGUACCCCUACAGUACUACACUGACAAUGAGCCUUAUUGGAAAAAACAAACAGAGGUGUUACGUGAAAAUGCACAAAAGUGGAAAGGUGGGGAUAAGUCGAUUUUCGCACGGGCCACGACGUGCAACCUAUUUCUUGUAAGCAAGCUAUGGUAUGUAAUGCAAGUUUUGCAUUGCAGCAGGUUAAAUGUAAAAAAAAUGCACAGAGUGUUCGCGGUCUUUAUCUGGAGCUCUCUAUGGGAAAAAACGAGCCGAACAAAUCUGUUUAAAAGAGGGAGUGAUGGUGGGCUUGGUCUAGUGCAUCUGUAUGUGAGACAACUCGUCAGUCGAUUUGUUUUUCUCAGAGAUGUAAAUCAUACCUUUCUCAGAACCAUGAUUCAACUGAGGCUGGGUAAAGUGCUACCAGAGUUUGUUGUGUCUUCGGUGUGUCAGCAAGGACCAGUACGUGGAUAUCUAAAAGAAGUGGUGUCAUCUUUCCGCUUCUUAUCGGUGCGUUUUUCUUUGCAAUAUUUGACAGAUGUGUCACGCAAAAACUGUACAAGGACCUUGUGGAUGUGUUAUUUCCUGUGCCAUUGUACCGUGAAUUAUACUGUGCAGGCAAAGGAAAAGAUGUUUUGAAACGCGUUAAAAAAAUGCUAGUUGCGCCAGGGGUCAAAACCUUUUUUUUAAGCUGCACACAGGAACCUUACCUGUCAAAACAUGGUUAGAAGAAAAGGGUUUAUUUGUUCCGUGGGGUACUCAUUGUUUGUUAUGCAAAAAACCAGAGACAAUUGAGCAUGUGUUUUUAGAUUGCUGGGGGGGAGUGUUCUUCUGGGACAUCUUACAGAGAACCUUGAAAAAAGAGUUGCCAUUAAGUCCGCACGGAAUCCGUUAUCUCAUGGUCGAAAACGACGAUGGUGUGCCUUUCGAUCUGGUUAUGCUCCUGGGCCUGCACAGUAUAUGGCGAACUCGGACUGCUGUACACAAUGUGGAUAUUGACGCUAGACCGGUUCGCGAAUAUUUUUGCGAAUCGGUGUCCCAUUUUGUCGAAGUGCAGAAGGUGCAGUCGUAUGUACCAGAGUGGGUUCCAAAAUUAGAAAUGUUGUUGCAGAUGCCGAAAUACUGAUGGCUUGUAGUCAGCAAACAGCUGACGGUUCUCGGUACUAUUAUCUUGUUAAUCUGUUCUUCUGAUCUCGUAAACUCUGUGAAAAGCGAGGCAAUAAAGAAAAAAAAACUCGUGGCUCAGUGGUAGAGUUUCCGUCUCACACUCCGCAGACCCUGGUUCGAUUCCCACCCAGCCCAUGUUGCAAGUUGUUUUUUAUUCAUG